UGACAACUCGGUCUCAUUUGGCAGUGAAAAGUCGCAUGGAUUGGACACGUUUUUCUCAUGAAAAAAAUACCUAAAAAUAAAUCUGCAAAAAUGUAUAUAUACCAAGUUAUUUGAUAAUUAAAUCAAUCCUCAACAGUGUAAAGUAGUGUUCGAAUUGUGUUAAGUUUGGUUAAGCAAGCUAGGAAGUAGUAACAUCAAACAUCGCUUCUGAGAACCGUGAAAACGAAUCUCCGGUAAUCAAACAGCAUCAGGAAAACCAUCCAUCGUCAAAAUCAGCAACUAACAGCGAGUAGACCACUUCGUAGGCUUCAUCACAACGUGUACGACUGAGUUUUUAUUUUGGUGAAAAAUCUGUGAAUAUCGUAAACAUACGAUUGUUAAUCGCGUUAUCACUUUCGGUUCUCCCCUAAAGAUAAUGAAAACUACCAUGGAAGGAUCCGCAGAGGGGAAAAAGGUUUAUAAAUUGGUCCUGACUGGAGGGCCUUGCGGCGGUAAAACGACCGGUCAGGCGCGGUUGUGCACCUUCUUCGAGAACCUUGGGUGGAAGGUGUUUCGAGUGCCUGAAACGGCCACUGUUCUCCUCAGUGGUGGAAUCAAGUUUUCAGACCUGACAGCGGAUGAAGAAGUACACCAAAAAGCGAGCAAUAACCGGACAGUUUUCAAAGAUGGUACCCCGGAUCAUAGCGUUGAUAAGACUGCGUCCUGCCCCCGUUGUUUGGCCGCUGCUGCCGAUAAACCUAAUGGUAGCGAGGCAUACAAAUUUCAGGAAAAUCUGCUCCGUACCAUGAUUCAAAUGGAGAACACCUUUUUUGAGCUUGGAAAAUCAUGUACGAGAAACUGUCUGAUUAUCUGCGAUCGAGGAGUAAUGGAUGCCAGUGCAUUUGUUUCCAAAGAAAAGUGGGACCGAAUGAUGAGGACCAACAGUUGGAACUCAGUGGAAUUGCGAGAUAACCGUUACAACCAAAUUGUUCACAUGGUCUCCGCAGCCAACGGUGCAGAAGCGUUCUAUUCUACAGAAGAUCAUGCUUGCCGAUCGGAAGGAGUAGGUUUGGCACGUGAGCUGGACUACAAAUCGGCAGCUGCGUGGAUAGGGCACCCAUACUUCGAUGUUAUCGAUAAUUCGACUGAUUUCGACAGUAAGAUGAACCGCAUGAUUGAAUGUGUGUGUCAGAAGCUUGGUAUAGAUACUGGCGAUCGUCUUUUGACUACCUCAAAGAAAGUCAAAUUUCUCGUGUCGGAACUACCACCAAAUUCCGCCUUCCCAGCGUUUCAAGAUUUCGACGUUGUCCAUCACUAUCUACAGUCAGCUGGGCCGAGAGUACAAGCCAGGCUUCGAAAACGUGGUCAAAACGGCCACUUCAGCUACAUCCAUACGAUUCGUCGGCCACAUCUUCAUGGCCAAUCGAUCGAAGUGAAGACACAACUUACACAUCGAGACUACUUGAACAUGCUCACACAGCGUGACGACUCACACUUUACCAUCUAUAAGAAGCGUCGUUGCUUCCUUGUGAAUAACCAAUAUUUCCAAAUGGAUAUUUACAAAGAACCCGGUCAUCCAAGGUGCAAAGGGCUAAUCUUAUUGGAGACGUACACCUCGUUGAGCGGUGAUAAGCUGAAGGGUAUUUUACCGACAUUUCUUAACAUUGUUAAAGAAGUCACCGGACAGCCAAAUUACUCGAUGUUCAAUUUAUCGCUGAAGGAGGAUUGGAGCAAUACGAAAAAAUUCUGCUACUCACUUCAUGAUCAAGAUGAAGGUGAGUUUAGAGCAAAUGGACACUCGCAAAAAAUGAUUAACGGUACAGCUUAAAUGUCAUUGAGUGUAUGAUUAUUAUUUUUCUAUUAAAUCAUAAUUCUUCUUGUAAUGGUGUGUUCUUCUUCGAACAACAUUUUUAAAGAUGAUUCACAAGAUCUUAUUCUUGUGCAUCUUUCCAAAUUCUUAUUUUUCUUAGAAUGAACGAUUUCUUCUAUUGAUUUUUUCAACAAUCGGUGGUAUUAGAUUAGAAAUCUCUUGUUAAAAAUGACUUCAAAUGGAUGUUCUCUGUAUUUUUUUCUAUUUGCUCAAAACUAUUGCUCGCAGAGGAACGUGUUAAAUAACAUGGUGUAUAAACAUUUUUUGCAGUUUUCUACAGGCAAAACAACAACAAUAGGUGCAUUAAUAGCAAUGUUAACCUUUAAUCGCCUGUUACUAUAAAAAUUGCAAUGUUCAGAUGGGAGCCAAGCUCUGAAUUCUGAUGGCUCGUAAAUUAAUCUGAAACUACUGGAAACUGUUUACUUAAAGAGUUACUUAAAUAUUCGCUCGAUAAGUGUUAGCAGCAGGGAAAACAAAAAAGUAGAAAACAAGCUUUAAACAACAACAUGUGAGAGAAGAAUUUAGCCAACAGGUAUAUUUUUGCAAUCAAUUUAUGUGUAUUGUUAAACUAGUCCAGGUAUUGUCAUGUGUUAGAUUUCGUUUCAUUUGAAUGUUCUUUUAGUACUUCAAACAUUAAAAUCAUGUCUAAAGCCAUCAGUUCAAUAAAAACGGAAACCAAAAAUCUUUGGCUAAAUUACUUACCCAUCUCAUUCAGUGAUCGCGCGUACUAAGCGUUGACAAUUUUUGUGUGGAUAAAAGAAAUACCUAACUAAAGCAAAUAGGAACAACCAACACUCUGUUUUGAAUGUAUUUUAUAUUAAAAUAUUGAGCCCUAUUUCUUUAAACAAAACCUGUACUUUCUUUUUGACAGCAAGAAUCCAUAAAUACUUAACUGCUGAA